AUGAGUCUCGACCAGAACCUCUACACCCUCCUCGUCACCCCCAACAAGGACCAUCCCAAUGUUAUCGACCUCGUUGACCCCUCGGGAGUGACCCAUUAUAGGAAGCAACGACUCGCUGGCCCUGUGUAUACGAUUGAGGUGUACGAUUUCAUGUCCGAGUCGCUGCUUGUAACAGCGACGGCCCCAUCCGCUUCGAGCAAGACCAAGAUCCUCGAGCUAUACAACCCAACUACGACAGUCGAACUCAAGUACACCGGCACACUAACAUUUCGAUGGAAUUUUAAAUGGGAGAACUUUGAAUUCGAAUGGAAACGCGAAGAAUGCUUCAUGCUCCGGAAACCCGACCCUCCAGUCCUCGUCGCUAUUACCAAGGAACCUGCUGGACGGCUCAAGACAAGCUCGAUACAAAUUUUGGACUACAAUCUGAACCGAUUCGACAUAGACGAUAGGAAGGGCCUGGAAAUCGUUAUACUGACGGCGCUUCUGACGUUCCAGGACACAAAUGAGAGCUAUCAUGGAUCACCUAGGGAUUCGGAGGGACUAGUCAAGACCAAGUCGAUCCCGACACUACCUCCUCCGCCACCACCAAAGCCGCCUGCAAAGACUGGCGUGGAUAGGAUAGCAGAAAUUCAGGCCAUGCGUGGUGAGAUUAACGAGCUCACUGUGGAGGAAGAGGGAGAUAUCAUGCAUUACGCCCAGUACUGCUCGAAUUUGCUCCAGGACGACGCCAUGCUCUUUGUCACUGUACGGUCCUCUUCCGCGACACAAGUUCCCAAAGUGCUUCAAGUAGUGGAAGAGACGAAGCGCAUACGGCAUAAAAUCGGCCUGGACGCCGAAAUCUUCCAAUACGUUCUCUACGACACCCUUUCUCAGCUACCCCGGCGAAUAAACCUCAACGACACGCCCGACAAUAAAUACGUACCUCCCAACAGCCUUGUUGUCCACUUGAGCAAGAUACCCAUGCCAGAGCUGCAACCCGCAGUAACGCCCGCACCCAUCCUCACGAGCACCUUACCGCCAAUAUCCCUCAACUCCCAUCCUGAGAAGGAGAAGAAACGUACCUUCAUUUAA